UUUUUUGUUGUGAAAAUAAGUUUGAGAAAAUGGGAAUGGCAGCUGCAGAUCUACAGUUUCAUGUUCUAGCUGUUGAUGAUAGUUUAAUAGAUAGAAAACUCAUUGAAAGACUCUUUAAAAUCUCUUCUUGCCAAGUUACAACUGUGGAUUCUGGAAGUAAAGCUUUGGAGUUUCUUGGUUUACAAGAAGAACAUGAUGACCAAAAUAACCCAAAUCAGCCUUGUGUUUCUCCUAGCAACCAACAGGAAGUGGAAGUUAAUCUUAUUAUUACAGAUUAUUGUAUGCCUGGGAUGACAGGCUAUGAUUUGCUAAAGAAAAUUAAGGAAUCUUCAUCGCUAAGAAAUAUACCUGUAGUCAUUAUGUCAUCUGAAAAUGUUCCUUCAAGAAUCAGUAGAUGCUUAGAAGAAGGGGCAGAAGAAUUUUUCUUGAAGCCAGUGAGAUUAUCAGAUGUUAAUAAACUUAAACCCCAUAUGAUGAAAACCAAAUGUAAAAGUCAGUUACAAGAACCUGAGAAAUUGGUCACAGAAGAAAAACAAGAAUCAAUAGAAAUUGCACAUGUUGUUCCAUCACAACCACAAAAAGAAUCAGACACAACACAACAACAACAACAGCAGCAAUUACAAGCCAAUAGUAAUAAUAACAAGAGAAAGGCCAUGGAAGAAAAUCUAUCACCAGACAGAACAAGAUCAAGAUUCAGUAGCCUCACAACAGUCUAAUCUCUGUUGCAAAUAUGUAAACUUUUUCUUUUUUCCCCUGAUUUGGAAGUUACUUCAGAUAACCCCCUUUUAUUUCCCUUUUUCAACUUUUGUUUAGUUAACAGAGUUAGGAUAAUGUAGAGAAGAGAGAGAGAGAGAGAGAGAGAAAAAUCAUCCAUCCUUAUAAGAUGAUGUGAUGUCCAUGACGGAGGACAAGUCAAUGAGUGCGGAAGGCUGACAUGCUUCUAGAUUUGAAAGCUUCUGAAGAAGGGGUGUACGUGAUAUUUUAGGUGAAUCUCACAAAGGAACGAGGGAGUAAAUUCUAGAAGACAUAACAAAAGUUUAUAUGGCACGCGCGUUUUUGAUCGAUGAUACCGUAGCUCAAGGGGCAAAUAUGUGAGGUUUAUUGAGCCAAAGCGGAUAAUAUGUGCCAUAAACUUAGGCUGUGACAACUUCUGUGAACAUUUUACAUGGGAUAAAACUUUCAUCCAGUUUUGGUUUGCUAAUCUAAUAGGGGAAGAGUUUGCCAAUGUAGUUAGAAAUGUGCUGAAAUUUACUUCAUGUAAAUAGACAAGCAUUUAACAUAGAAGUAGCCUGAUGUUCUCUUUCUGCUUUCUCAA